AACUCGCGCGCUGUUGCAGCCGGGGGACAAUUUCUACGGGCGAUGAUCAUGCUGGAAAUUAAUUUGAAGCUUCUAGCUUAAUUCUUCUUUCGCGCAGAAGCUGAUGGAGGAAAUUCUGCUGAAUCCUUGACAGUCGGGAGAAACUGCUGGGUGUUUGCAAUUAACUAAAUGAAUCCUUCACAGUGACUGCACAUAAGCCCCUACCGAGUGCCCCAAUUCACCAUACAGGCAGUUUUUCCACUCCAUGUAGGAUCUGCAGUUGGAUGCAACACUUCGGCUUAGUUGGAAGAAUCCAGCAAGGAUUACAGGCAUUUCCACUAGCUUCAAUAAAUACCCAAAGACUUGGACAGACAUCACAGGUGCCAAGACAGACUUGACAUCACCGAUAGUUACAGGUGAAUGAGAAAAGUGAAGACACAACUGAGGACCAAAAUUUCUGGCUCGUUGAAAGCCCAACACUAAAUGCAUCAGGUAUACCACUGUAUCCACAGCUCUCUUCUACUGUUACCUUCUACAACCAGUGGUUUUGAAUUGUUGAAGUCCCCUGAUAAUAUUAGUUUCCGCAGAAAAGUUUGAUUUUUAAAAUGGUGAGGAAGAGGAUUAGUUUCCAAAUCUGUCACAUGAUGAUGGGUUUUCUGACUAUUUGCCUAACUGAAGCAGCCCUGCAGCGUAGCGAGUGCCCUCAGCUGUGUGUUUGUGAAAUCCGCCCAUGGUUCACCCCACAGUCAACGUACAGAGAAGCCGCCACUGUGGACUGCAAUGACCUGCGGUUGACCAGAAUCCCCAGCAACCUCUCAGCUGACACCCAGGUACUCUUGCUUCAGAGCAACAAUAUUGCCAAGACAACUAAUGAGUUUGAGCGGAUGUUUAACCUCACUGAACUCGAUCUCUCACAGAAUAAUUUCACCACUAUUCACGACGUGGGCUUGACCAAUCUUACUCAGCUCACCACACUGCAUUUAGAAGAGAAUCAGAUAGCAGACAUGCCUGACUAUUGUUUACAGGAUCUUGCCAGCCUCCAGGAGCUCUACAUAAAUCACAACCAGAUUAGUAGCAUAUCAGCCAAAGCCUUUUCUGGUUUGAGGAAUUUGUUGAGACUACACCUAAACUCUAACAAACUGCGAGUGAUUGACAGCCGUUGGUUUGAAUCUACGCCAAACUUGGAGAUUCUCAUGAUUGGGGAAAAUCCUGUAAUUGGGAUUCUGGACAUGAACUUCAAACCUUUAAGCAAUCUGCGCAGUCUGGUUCUAGCAGGAAUGGAAUUGACAGAAAUUCCUGGCAAUGCUUUAGUAGGCUUGGACAGUCUGGAAAGUCUCUCCUUCUACGAUAAUAAAUUGGGAAGAGUGCCUCAGCUUGCACUUCAGAAGGUGCCGGCCUUAAAAUUCCUGGAUUUGAACAAAAACCCUGUUCACAAAAUUCAGGAAGGUGAUUUCAGAAACAUGCUUCGCUUGAAAGAACUUGGUAUCAACAACAUGAUUGAACUUGUUUCUAUUGACAGAUAUGCCUUGGAUAAUCUCCCUGAACUUACAAAACUGGAAGCCACAAAUAACCCUAAAUUGUCUUACAUUCAUCGCUAUGCAUUUCGGGAAGUUCCGUCCCUUGAAAGCCUGAUGCUCAAUAAUAAUGCAUUGAAUGCCCUUUAUCAAAAGACUGUCGAUAACCUCCCUAAUCUGCGUGAAGUCAGCAUUCAUAGUAACCCAAUCAGGUGUGAUUGUGUUAUCCAGUGGAUGAAUUCAAACAAAACAACCAUUCGCUUCAUGGAGCCCCAGUCUAUGUUUUGUGCGAUGCCUCCAGAGUACAGAGGUCAGCAAGUCAAGGAAGUUCUCAUGCAGGAGACUGCUGAGCAGUGUCUUCCAAUGAUUGCACAUGAGACUUUCCCAAACCAUCUGAACGUUGAUGUAGACAUGACGGUCUCCUUAGACUGCCGUGCUAUGGCAGAGCCUGAACCUGAAAUCUAUUGGGUCACACCACUUGGCAGUAAGAUCACAGUGGACACCCUAUCAGAUAAAUAUAAGCUGAGCAGUGAGGGGACACUUGAAGUGUCUCACGUUCACGUCGAGGACUCUGGCCGAUAUACGUGUGUAGCUCAGAACUCUGAAGGAGCAGACACAAGGGUUGCAACUAUUCGAGUAAAUGGGACCUUGCUGGAUGGAACUCAAGUACUGAAAAUCUACGUAAAGCAAGCUGAAUCGCAUUCUAUCUUGGUUUCAUGGCGAGUGAACUCUAAUGUUAUGACGUCAAAUCUGAAAUGGUCUUCAGCCACCAUGAAGAUCGACAACCCUCACAUCACGUACACUGCAAGGGUUCCUGUUGAUGUCCAUGAAUACAACCUGACUCAUCUGCAGCCUUCCACAGAGUAUGAGGUGUGUCUAACCGUGUCCAAUAUCCACCAACAAACUCAGAAAUCGUGUGUCAACGUAACUACAAAAGGUGUGACAUUCUCGCUGGAUAUCUCUGACCAGGGAACCAGCACUGCUCUUGCAGCUGUUAUGGGAUCAAUGUUUGCCAUCAUUAGCAUAGCUUCGAUAGCUGUUUAUAUAGCCAAACGCCUCAAGCGGAAGAACUACCAUCAUUCAUUGAAGAAGUACAUGCAGAAGACUUCGUCUAUUCCCCUGAAUGAACUUUAUCCACCACUUAUAAAUCUAUGGGAAGGAGAGAGCGAGAAAGACAAAGAUGGUUCCUCUGAUGUGAAACCUACACCUGUCGAUACAUCAAGAAGCUAUUAUGUGUGGUAACUGGAGGAAUUUUGCUUCUAGUUAAGGGAGCACAAGACUUUUUUUGCUUUUUUCUGCAAAAGUGAAAGUUCAGAACCUUUUUUGUAAUUUGACUUUGCUAACUUGUGGCAGAGCUGUGAGGACAGGUGGAUAUUUCAGACUUUUAGUAUAGCGUAUCGCCUUUGUUGGAUUUUUUUUUAAAAGAAGGCAGCUCCAUUUAUUUUGCUAAAUGCCCCAGUUACUGCGCUUGAUUAUUCUUUUAAUCUCUCUCCAUUGCAGAAUUCUCAAAAGUAAUCAGUGGUAGUCCAGGUACAUGAUUAUAAAAGAGCAACAAGCCUUUGGAGGGGUACUUACUUGCUGAAAAGCUGUUUACCUUUUAAUUAUCAGUCACUGAUGCAUUUCCAUGUUAUAGUUUUUGUUUAGAACCUUCAAGCUGGCAAAUGGGAUUAGACCCUUCAUUCUUCUAUUGAAUGCUGUUAGCUAAGUUGUAUUGUUGUAUCAACUAUAAUUUUCCUUUUUUUUGUUUCAAAUUUCAAAGCCCAAACACCUGUAAAUUUUAUUUGCCACCUUUGCUUGAAUUAGUUUCACAGCUUAGAAAAGUGUGUGGUUAAUAUUUAAUAAAACAGUAAUAGAAUUAAAGUGCUUUAAAAUGCUACUUAAGGUACAUUUUAGGUGAUUUUACUAAGGGACUUUAGCUGCCAGGUUUUUUCUGAAUGUCUCUAACUGCAUUUAGUAUCUAGAGUUUAACAUAAUGAAUUUUAUUGUGAGAAGUAGAUUGUGAAAUGAGAACAAAACUGCAUUAAAAUUUUG